AACGUCAAAACUUGAGCUGUUGAAGAAUAAAAUUGCACUACCUGCAGAAAAACUAAAAUAUAUACGAGCGGAUGAACAUUGCGUGACAAAGAAAUACAAGCAAGCAAAGAUGAUAAGCAGAACAAAAAGGGAAAAAAAAAAAAGGAAUUGCUACCUAAAGAUGUGAUUCUUUCAGAAAAGUUAACAGCCAAGCUUACUUGAUUCUUUUCGUUUUCCACUUCGGUGUGCUUUCCUUUGAUGGGUCAUAUUGAUGAAUGAAUGCAGCAAAAAUUCUUUCCUACCAUCCCUCUUCUUCCUAUGUUAUAAAUUAAAUUAAGGCUCACCCUCACAUUCAUUUCAAAAAUCGUAGCCCUUUUCACCUUCACCUUUAGGACCAAAACAUAUUAGCAAUGGCUAGCAAGCCUCAUCACGAUGCAGAAGCCGACGCUAUAUCUCGAAAAGAGAAUCCGGAACGAUAUACUUUUAAACCCAGAGCAUUUAACAUUGUAUGGGGAAACGACAGUCGCUACUGGCGGAUUCCUCCUCGCUCAGCAUUAUCAUCAGCAUCAUCAUCGACAACGAGCAAUGUUGAAGAAUUUGCAGAACUGGUUCAGGUGUCGUGGCUUGAAGUAACCGGUUCAGUCCCACUAGAGGCUUCAACUAAUUAUCAAAUUACCUUCAAACUAAGCUUCAAAGGGGAUGCAUCUGGUUGGAGCGGGUCCCCAGUUUUCUUGAUGGCUAAGGUGGGGAAGAAGGGAAAGUACAAGUGGAAAAGGCUCAAGGAACUGGAAAACCUCCCCAGGCAACCCACUGAAGUUCCAAAUGAGCCAUUUGUUGUCGAAGUUCUUGGAAAUCCACCUGACAAAAGGCUUUAUUUCGGCUUGUACGAAGUGUGGACUGGCAAAUGGAAGAAAGGUUUGAGAGUUCACGAAGCAAUCGUCAAGAAAAAGACUUGAAACAAAUAUAUAUGUCAACUGAUCACUUCACUUCAAAUCCAAGCAUUAUUUUAAUGUUGUUAUAAUAUAUAUAUAUAUAUAUAUAUAUGUGCUUUAGGUGUGCGAUUGCUCUUAGUUUGUUUUACCCUGGAAGGGAAGGUCAUGAAUGAUUAAAUGGUUCUGAGAAGUGUAAGUUUCCUUUACUUGCUGGAAUAAUAAUGGCCACAUUACAGUUACUUUUUUCCACCAGUUUUGAUGGAUCAUAUGAAU